UGGCGUCAGCGGUCUCCUGGCAACAGUCCGGGCGAGUUCUCAAUCAAUGUUUCAAAUAGAAUGCUGAAGCGAAAAGGAGUGCAUGUUCGAGACUAAAGCCAUGGACCAGCGACCACAUACACGAAUAUUUCACCUACCGAGAAAUGGUUUUGUUUAAGGUGUUCUCUGACUUUGUUUCCAUCGCUGGCAAGUGUAGCGGAUAGAUUUUGAAGCGGUGCGUAAAUUGCUGGGAGGGGAAUUACCGAAUGCUGUCCGCGGACAUAGGCGCGACAAACAACAGUAAAACAAACUCCUUUUCUGAAUAAAACUAUCAAGAAACGGAUGUUUUGAUUUUUCAGUUAAUGCAAACGUUUUUUAAUUUGUACUCGAACAGAUUUUUUAAUUAGUUUUGUCUAAGAAGCUGUUUGAGUAAAACAUUUCAGGCAGAUUUCAUGUUUGCCGUUUCGAGAGACAGUUAUUUCCCUUCAAAUAAACAGUGAAAGAAGAUUUUAUUUCGCACAGAAGAUACACAAAACGACUUGCUAAAUAGUUACGCACCAUGCUGAAGUUCCAUAAUUCGGACCUAUGGAUUGCUUGGCUGGUGAUAUUUUGUAUGGAAGUGUCUGUAAGGGCGUUGGACGUGACCGUGAGCCAGAGCAGUAUUCAGGUAGCCCGCGGCCAGGCGGCCAUCUUGCCCUGCUCCUUCACCACCAGUGCUGCUCUCAACAACCUCAACAUUAUCUGGAUGGUCAUACCGCUGUCCAAUGCCAACCAGCCAGAACAGGUGAUCAUCUACCAAGGUGGGCAGGUAUUCAGCCUUGCCAACCAUCUGAAUGGCAGGGUGGGCUUCGUGGCCACCAUGCCCAGCAUAAGUGCCUCCAUCUUCAUCAACAACACCCAGCUGACGGACACAGGGACCUACCAGUGCCUGGUUAACAACCUCCCAGACAGAGGGGGGCGCAACAUCGGGGUCAUCGGCCUUACCGUGCUGGUGCCCCCCUCGGUGCCAGCGUGUCGUGUCCAGGGCACGCUGGACGUGGGCAGUGACAUCAUGCUGAUGUGCAGCUCCGAUGAGGGGAUCCCCACGCCCACCUACUCCUGGGAGAAGCUGGAGUCUCUGCCCAAGCUGCCCCACACCGCCAUGCAAGACCAGAUGCAGGGGACAGUCACACUGAGGAACAUCAGCACCAGCACAUCUGGAUUGUACCAGUGCAUCUCCUCCAACGCCAUCGGCAAGAGCACCUGUCUGCUCAACCUGCAGGUGGUAGCACCCCAGCCCCAGAGUGUGGGUCUGAUCGCAGGAACCAUCGCCACGGGCAUCCUGGCUGUCAUCAUUUUCUCCCUGCUGGUGGUGGUCACGCUCUUCUACUGGAAGAACAAGAACAAGUACGAGGAGGAGGAGAUCCCCAACGAGAUCAGGGAAGAUGACCUGCCCCCAAAGAGGUCUUCGUCGGUGAAAGCUUUCCAUGCAGAUGCCUCGUCCUCAGAAAACGACACGCUAACCUCCACCAACACAUACAACAGCCGCUACUGGCACAACCCCAAGCCCAACUAUGACACCAACUCCUACACCCGUUACAACGGUGACACCCGCCAGACCUUCUCGACAGGCCAUCCCCCUGCCACCACAGCAGCCCCGGGUUCUGCCCCGGGUUCUGCCCCGGGUUCCGCCCCUCUCGCCCGCCAGGCCUAUUCCAACGGAAGCCACACCCUCCCCCCGCCCAAGACUCUGGUGGUCACCACCAACUCUGCCCCUUCCCCUCCCACCAUGGUUCGGAGUAAUGGCUCGGUGAGCCUGAAGCCUGUAACCAUGGGCUCCCACGGGCAGCACACACACUCGUACGCGGUGAGCCAGGCCACGCUGGAGCGCAUGGGCGCCGUUCCCGUCAUGGUGCCGGCUCAGAGCAGAGCAGGGUCGCUGGUCUGAACCUAUACCCUCCAGAACUUUCUGCCUGGGCCUCGAACCCUCUCUGAACCAGUUUAGGACUCACUCUCUCUGAGAAUUGAACCCCCUGUGCACUGUCUGAGACUCAAGGAAGCAGCCUGCCUCCCUUUACUAUGAUCUCUUUCUAUCCCUUUUUAACUGAUAUAUAACUGGUUAACUCACAGAGUUCACUUAAUGCCAACUCCAUGCUUACUGGAUCCCAAUCUCAAGCAACAUCCAAUGUUCUGCUCCUAUUGAUCCUCUUCUGUGGCAGUUGUGGUCAUGAUGCUUUACUGAUAAUGAGUGGAAUGACAAUCACACAGAGAAGAAGCGGAGGGACUGGAGACAAACUGGAUCGUCCCAUUAGCCUCAGAACCGGGUCAUUGUGAUAGUGUGUGAUUUCUGUGUGUAUAUGUGUCUGUCUGUCUGUGUGUGUGUGUGUGUGUGUGUGUGUGUGUGUGUGUGUGUGUGAUGAACAUCAGAUGUGUCAAGUUUCUAUUUCCUUGUUCUGUCAUUGCUAACUCCUCCCAGGACACCCCUCAGAAUGUGCAUGUGUAUGAAAGUAAAAAAAUGCAGUAUUAGGUUUCUUUUAAUAACUGUUGUUUGAAUAUUGAUUUAAGCAUAAACUGUUGGAGAUUGAUUUCUUCACAGUUGUUUUAAAUGAUCAAGAUGACUUUUUUGGAAAUGGCCUUAGAAGCAUAUAGAUGGAAAGUGAAUGUUUCAAUGGGGAAAAAGUGUGUGGAGAGACAGAAAUCCCUGUCACACGAUUGGAUGGGGUUACAGAUAUUGUCAAUUUGCUCCAGAUUGAACGUGUUCAUGUAUUUUGAUACUUUUCCAUGUUUGUGGAAUUGUAUUUUGUUCUCUUUUCAAGAAAGUCACUGUAUGGCGCAGAUAAUGUGAUGGUCUCAUGACAAAAUGGCAGACACAGAGUGAUAGAAAAGACAAUGGUGCUCAUUUUCAUCUCAAAAAGGGUUAAAGGUGUUGGUCUAUGUUAACCCUAACCCUAACAGUCUACAAAACUAGAAGUAAAGGAAUGCUUCAUUCACUGAACUUUUGUAAGCACCCUCUCCGGCACAGUCAAUUAAGAAAUCUCUAUUAAGAUCUUGCCCUGGCAAGUGCACAUUUCUCUCACAAACUCUUCUCACAAAACUACAUAUGCCUGGAGUUCUGAAACUUGAAACUACGUUUUAAGUCAUGCAGACAUUUUGGUACUUGUAGUCUGAGCUGUUUGUGAGUGCUGCAUACUACAUGUUGUUGCUUUGUUGUGACCAAGUCUGGCCCACGUCAUUGAUGCUCUGAAGAGAACAGCAGGGGACAUGUUCAUACAUCCUUUAUAAGACACGAAAAAAACUAUAUUUGAAAGGGGUGGCUCUUGAAAGAGGCUAACUGUUUUAUACUGUAAAUAUUUUACCUACUACUGGUAGACUAGAUUGUCAAUCUAAGAAAAAAGUCGGAUGUCUGAUGGAUUUUACAUCUCAUGUGUCUUAAUUUAAGAGGUCUGCUCUUUUCUGUCCUGUUAGACAAUGAGGGCCUCAUUUACUA